UCGAAUAAGGAUAACAUAAUAUAUAUGUUUUUCAAUUGUUUAUUCCCGAUCUAACCUAGUUAUUUUUUCUCUAUAUAGGUACUCUGUGGAGGAUAUAUAUAUAUAUAUAUUUAUUAUGGAUACUCAACUGUUUGAAGUUAAAGCGGUAGCAAGCGAAAAAGAAGAAGAAGAAGAAUAUUUUGAUCAUUCAGAUGAAGAGGAUUAUGUGUACGAUGAUGAUUCUGGUCAUAGUCUUUCUGGUAGGGAUACUAUUGGCUCCCAAACUACGACUCAUGGAGAUCAUAAUCUCUCAGAUUCAAGAAUUACUGAUAGUUAUAAUAAUCAAGUCACACAAAAAUAUAGUUAUAAGUACAUUCAUCAAAUGAAAAGCUCAAAUGGACUUUUAGGACACAUAAGAGAUAAACCACCACGACACUACCUACUCAUAAUAAACAAUUUUUCGUCACUGUUGGAUUUACAUGUGAAAAAAAUUGAAUCAGGUGUCUUUACUGCAGGAGGUUAUAAAUGGAAGUUGAUUCUGUACCCAAAUGGAAAUGAAAAGGCUAGAGUGGAAAACUGCAUCUCAUUCUACUUGGCUAUGGAAGAUACAACUUCCUUACCUCCUAGGUUUGAGGUCAAUGUUGAUCUGAGAGUUUUUGUCUUGGAGCAGUUACAAAAGAAGUUUAUUGCAGUCCAAGAUUCUAAACGACCGAUAAGAGUUUUUAAUGGAAGUCGCCUGGUAUUAGGGUUUGCAAAAUUUAUUUCUCUUGAAAAUUUUAAAGAUGAAAAUAAUGGAUUUCUUCUUGAAGAUUCUUGUACAUUUGGUGUGGAGGUUUUUGUUGCAAAAUCUACUCGAGAAUACGAUAAUCUUUUUGUUAAAGAUAAUUUAGUUCAGAUAUCUCGUUUGAAGUCCAAAGAAUACUAUACUAAUGGCUCCAUGGUUCUUACAACUAAAACAGAACAAGAGAAUUUAGUAGCUCUUACUUCACGAGAUUCCUCUUUCCAACUAGACCAAAACCAAGGAAUUUUAAGAACUAUAAGAGAUUUUCCACCAGAUCACAUAUUUGAAAUAAAAUCAUUCUCGUCGCUUCGCAAAGACAAGAUUCAGAGACAUGAAUUUAACACUUUUCAAACUGGGGGUCUGAACUGGAGGCUAUGUUUUUAUCCUGAAGGAUGCAAGGAAAGAAAUGGAAGUGGUCAUAUUUCUCUUUACUUGGAAAUUUUAAAAGAAGGAACUUUUCCUUCUCAAUGGGAGGUGACUGUGAACUUUAAAAUGUUUGUUUUUGACCAAAUAAGAAACAAGUACCACAUUAUCCAAGAUGCUGAUGGGGUUCCGAAGUGUUUUAAUGGAAUCACGAAAGAAUGGGGCUUUGCACAUUUAGUCUCCCAAAAAACAUUCAAUGAUCCUCAAAGUGGAUUUCUUGUCAAUGAUCAUUGUAAAUUUGGUGUAGAGAUAUUUGUUAUUAAGCAUAUGUGCAACAAAAACGUUAUGAUAAAAGAUCCUGCUAAUUGCAACACAUACACUUGGCUGAUUGACAACUUUAGUACAUUAAACUCGAGAAGACACGAGUCUAUGACCUUCACCAUAUGUGGAAGAAAAUGGCAAUUAAUAGUUUAUCCAAAAGGAGAUACCGGUGUAGAAGCUGAUAAAUGGCUCUCACUCUUCCUGUCCUUAGUUGACGCAAAAUCCUUACCUUUGAAGCAGGAGCAUCACAUAAAGUAUAACUUACGGAUUAGAGAUCAAGUCACUAAUAACCAUUGUGAGAAAUCAUUGACUAGUAUAUUUAAAUAUCCUUCUUCGACAAUUUGGGGCUAUAAAAGAUUUAUUUCAUUAUUAGAUUUGCACGAUAAAUCAAAAGGUUAUAUUUGCAAAGAUACCUUAAUAAUUGAGGUGAUAUUUACUUCCAUAGUUGUCCAUAAUGUUUUGUUGGAAAUUUAGGUUCUAGAUUAUGUGUAGUUAUAUUCAAUGGGCAGUUGUAUCACCAAAAUAUCAUAUAUUCUAAAGGUUGUGAACAUGUACAUAUAAAAAUAUGUAGCUUCAAUUAUGUUUAUUAGAAUUUUAUUUGAAUUGUGUUGUAAGCUAAGUAGAAUGAAUGUGAAAUUAUGUAUUCAU